AUGCCGUCCUCCUACUUUUCGCGUCUCGUAGACCGCUCUCUGCUCUCAAAGUGUCCGACUUUAGCCAGAAUCGUCCAUGCCCAGCUCGUCAAAUCUGGAUUGGUAGACAAUACUUUCUGGGGAAAUCGCUGUCUUCAGCUCUACUUCAAAUCCGGCUCCGUUAUCGAUGCUUUGCAAUUAUUUGACGCUCUUCCUGACAAGAACACUGUAUCAUGGAACGUCUGCCUAAAUGGAUUGUUCAAAAACGAUUAUCUCAAUCACGCACUCAACCUGUUCGACGAAAUGCCUGAACGAGAUGUUGUUGGCUGGAACACAAUGAUUUCAGGAUUUGCUUCUUGUGGGUAUCCGAGAAAUGCGAUCAGGAUAUUGUUGGAUAUGCAUAAAUGUUUUAUUCAGCCAACUGAGUUCACUUUCUCCACUCUUGCUUCUCUGGUUACUUGUGUACGCCAUGGUGAACAAAUUCAUGGUCAUGUUAUCUGCAGCGGUGUAAGUUUGUCCAAUACGGUGGUGUGGAAUUCACUUAUGGAUAUGUACAAAAGACUAGGAGUUUUUGAUUGUGCUCUAUCUGUGUUUCUAACAAUGGAUGAUAGAGAUGUUAUUUCGUGGAACUCUUUGAUCUUGUGUUGUUCUGAUUCUGGAAACAAAGAAGUGGGUUUGGAUCAGUUUCGUUUAAUGAGAGAAAUGGGGUAUCAACCUGACGAAUACACCUUCUCGGCAGUUGUAUCUAUUUCCUCGGGUUUACAGGACUUGUGCAAGGGUAAGCAGGCUAUAGCUCUUUGCAUCAAGAUGGGGUUUCUUUCUAACACCGUUGUUUCAGGAGCUGCGGUUGACAUGUUUUCCAAAUGCAACAGAUUGGAGGAUUCGGUUAAGCUUUUUCGACAGUUAAAGAAAUGUGACUCGGUGUUGUGCAACUCCUUGGUUGCUAGCUAUUCGUGGCAUGGUUUUGGAGAAGAGGCUCUUAAGCUCUUUAUCCUCGCUUUGAGGCAGAGAGUUAUGCCGGAUGAGUUCACUUUCAGUAGCGUUUUGAGCUCAAUGAAUGUCGCGAUGCUAGAUCAUGGAUCUCAAGUGCAUUCUUUGGCUGUCAAGUUAGGGUUUGAUCUGGACACACCCGUAGCAACCUCACUCAUGGAGAUGUACUUCAAAACGGGGUUGGUUGAUUCGGCAAUGCGAGUGUUUGCAACAACUGAUGAAAAAGAUUUGUUCUUUUGGAACACAGUGAUAAUGGGCUUGGCAAGAAACAACAGACCAUAUGAGUCCCUAGCCAUUUUCAGUCAAUUGUUGAUGCACCGAGGUCUGAAACCCGACAAAGUUACUUUAAUGGGUGUCUUGGUAGCUUGUUGUUAUGCUAACUUUGUUAACGAAGGAAUUCAGAUGUUCUCUUCAAUGAAAAAGGUCCAUGGAGUUGAUCCCGAGAAUGAGCAUUACGCAUGUAUAGUUGAAUUGCUGUGCAGGGUAGGUAUGAUCAGUGAAGCAAAUGACGUUGCUGAGAAAAUGCCUUUUGAACCAAGUUCUCAUAUUUGGGAACCUAUUCUCUAUGCAUCCAUUGAUCUUGGAGACACAAGACUCGCUGAGAGAGUAGCAGAAAGAAUGUUAGAAUCUGAACCAAAGUCAUCGUUUCCUUAUCUUGUUCUGACUAAGUUAUACGAGAUGACUUGGCGCUGGGAGAACUCGGUGAGAAUAAGAUAUGCCAUGAAUAAACAAAAGCUAAAAUACGCUCAGGGAUCAAGCAAGAUCGGUAUAAAGAGCAGCGUGUACUGCUUUGAGGCUGACCAGUUGCAGAUUCAUGGGGGUCAUGAUACUUGCGCAACAUUGGAGUUACUGUCCUGGGACUCUUAUCAUCAGAGGUCUACAGAACAUUUUGUCUAACAUGAUUAUUCAUUAUUAUUAGUGAGUGUUUUUUUCUUUCAUCUACUUUUAACCUUAGGAUGUUCCAAUUAGUGGUGGAAGUCGAUCUAAUUUUCAAUACCUCAUUCUACUACAAAAAGUUAAAUAGUAUUGCCACUGUACAUUGAUGCAUCAAGAAAUCAGUUAUGAUCAGAAAUGUUUUUGGUGUCAAUGUAUUAAGGGUCUUUAUCAAUAAUAGCUUUUACGCAA